CGAAGGGGAACAACGACUAGCCGAUGAGCAGAAAAAAAAGCCCGCGGGUUAUUUAUCGGGUUCGCGGGGGUGGCAUAGGAGGGCAAAGAAUUGCUCGUUGGCACCAGGGGUCUAUAGCGGGGCCUCCCCAGCUGACACCGGAUUAGUAGGUUCUACUCAGUCCACAUGUCAAAUGGCGGGCUCACAGUUCAGUCCGUUGACCCCACGCGGCAGAGAGCUAUUAGAGCUCCAACAAGUCGAAAGGAUCCGCGCUCGGUUAGAGAGGGAACUGAAGCAAGCUACCGAUAGAGAAAAAGAGAUCAAAAGUAGAACAGCCAGGCUUAAUACAUUAGAGGCAGACAAAGCUGCAUUAGAGGGUUUGGACAAGUCAGCCAUGUCUGACCAAAUGAAAGUGUUGAAGGCCAGCGUAAUGUCGCUGCAUGCGCACGUGGAUAGUAGGCUGGAUUUCAUGCAGAACUCCUUUGACCAAAUCUUGGACCUUUUGCAAAGGCCAGGAUUACGGCCAGCAGCACAGUCGUCGUUGCCGUUAACGGCGAUGUCAGGCCCCUUUCCGGUACAAGCUGGCACACAACCAAGUGGUACGUCUGCAACAGUUGCACAUACUGUUGCUUCUUCUUCUUCUGGUCCAGCGGUGAUAGCUACACAAUCACCGCAACAAACUGUUCCACCACAGGGACAACAACAAGGUCCAUGGUACCCAAAGACCCCAAUGAAACCACCCCUUGCCUUCUCCGAUGAGAAGAAGGACGAGGAACUCAACACUUGGUUGAGAACAAUUUCAAUGUGGGUAAGGGCAAAGAGGACGUUGCAGGAGGAGGAGGUGAUUACUGUUGCAUCUUACCUUGAGGGUAAGGCAGCCAAAUGGUUGGAUGGGAUAGUAGCGAAGGCCGGGUUCAGACGAUGCAUGGCAGACUGGGGUAAGACCCUUACUUUAGAAGAGUUCUUAGAUAUGGUAGAAGCUCGCUGGCAUAAUCCGCAGCAGACACAAAUUGCCACUGAUGCGAUGCUCAGACUAGACCAACGAAGGUACAGGUCUGUCAGAGAGUUGACGUCUACCGUAGAGAACCUCAUCGUCGUUCCCAGUUUACGCUAUGAUGACCAGGUCUUGUUGACCAUGUUUCUGAGAUGUCUGCCUGAGAAUCUCAGGACCUUACUAGCCAGCGAGGCACGCCUCGAGAAGAAGAGUCCACAGGAGUGGAAAAAGAAGGGUAGUAGAUUGAUGAUGGUUGAGUCCGAUGGGACUCAAACUGAAAUCGACGAACUUACCGACCUGAUGGACAGUCCAGAGUACGACAGCGAGGAAGUGGCUGAGGGUAGCACCCUCGCCGCAGUAGUAAAGACUAAGGCAGGUGGCCGAGUGCUGGCUCAACAGGAUGGGAAGAAGUUGAGACCGAUUGAGUACAUGAGCAAGAAAAUGCCAUCAAAGAAACUGGCAAAGUCCACCUACGAAAGGGAACUCUAUGCCCUCUACAAGGCACUUGUCCAUUGGAGACACUUUCUGUUGGGACGGUUUUUCUAUUUGAGAACUGGCCAUCAGACCCUUAAUUGGAUCAAGACUCAACCUACUCUUUCUGAUGCACUCAAGCGCUGGAUUGAAGUCAUAGAUCAGUAUGACUUCAAGCUAGAGUAUCGGAAGGGAAAGUACAACAAGAUUGCAGAUGCGCUGUCACGUAGGGCAGACUACCUAGGGGCGCUAGUUUCUGAAUUUGGCGUCUGUCAGCGGGACAAGCCGCGAACUCAAGCACCGCUUGGGUUGCUGAAGCCCUUACCUAUCCCUGCUAGUCCGGGACAGAGUGUUUUCAUGGAUUUCAUGGAUACCUUGGUAACCAGCAGGAGUGGCAAGUGGCACAUCUUUGUCAUCAUAGACCGAUUCACCAAGUAUGUUAGACUGAUCGCCAUGCCAGAGACUGCCAGGAAUGAGCACGUCAUCAAGUUGUUUGUGGACAACUGGGUGCGUGAUUUUGGACUGCCAAAGUCAAUCAUUAGUGACAGGGAUGUCCGAUUCACAAGUGAGUUGUGGAAGAAGACUGCUGAGCAAAUGGGCAGUCAACUUCAGAUGACUUCUGGGAAUCAUCCCGAAGCCAAUGGACAGGCCGAACAGAUGAACAGAGUUGUGCAACAUCUGCUGAGGCACUACAUUAAGCCCAACCAGGAUGACUGGGAUGAGAAAUUGCCUCUCAUAGCCAGCCUGUACAACAACGUUGUGCACAGCACAACCGACUUUAGUCCUAACCAACUGCACUUGGGAUGAAAGCCUAGAUCUGCUCUAGACUUCCUCCUACCUGAAAACCGACCCUCUGCAACUCCAGGCACACUUGAGUAUGGUGUGCAGUAUGAGAAGUUGCUACAACAAGCUGUCGAGCACAUCAAGAAAUCUCAAGAAGCAAUGAUUGCUUCUGAGAACAAAUAUCGUCGACAAUC